GCGCACCCCGUCCGGCCGCCCCGCCGCCCCCCGCCGCCCGCCCGUCCGUCCGAGCGGCCGCAGCCCUCCGCCGAGGGCGCCCCGGCACGGAAGGGUCCAGCAGCCUGCCGGCGCCCGCCGCGCUCGUGGUCGCCGUCGCCGUGGUCGUCGUGGUCGUGUCCGCCGUCGCCUGGGCCAUGGCCAAUUACAUCCACGUCCCGCCCGGCUCGCCCGAGGUGCCCAAGCUCGACGUGACGGUGCAGGACCAGGAGGAGCAGCGCUGCCGCGACGGCGCCCUCAGCCUGCUGCGGCACCUGCGGCCGCGCUGGGACCCCCGCGAGGUGACCCUGCAGCUCUUCACAGAUGGGAUCACAAAUAAGCUCAUUGCCUGCUACGUGGGUGACACCAUGGAAGAUGUGGUUCUGGUGAGAAUUUAUGGCAACAAGACUGAACUGUUAGUGGACCGAGAUGAAGAAGUGAAAAGUUUCCGUGUGCUGCAGGCUCACGGCUGUGCCCCUCGGCUGUACUGCACGUUUAAUAAUGGACUGUGCUACGAGUUUAUACAGGGCGAAGCUUUAGACCCCCAGCAUGUCUGUGACCCAGCCAUUUUCAGGCUAAUAGCUCGUCAGCUUGCUAAAAUCCAUGCUAUCCAUGCACACAAUGGCUGGAUCCCCAAAUCUAACCUGUGGCUAAAGAUGGGGAAAUACUUCUCUCUCAUUUCCAGAGGAUUUGCUGAUGAAGAAAUUAAUAAAAGGUUCCUAAGUGAUAUCCCAAGCCCUCAGCUUCUUCAGGAAGAGAUGACUUGGAUGAAGGAGAUUCUCUCCAACCUGGGCUCACCUGUGGUACUUUGCCAUAAUGACCUGUUGUGUAAGAAUAUAAUCUACAACGAGAAACAAGGUGAUGUACAGUUCAUUGAUUAUGAGUAUUCUGGAUACAACUACCAGGCAUAUGAUAUUGGAAACCAUUUCAAUGAAUUUGCAGGUGUCAGCGAUGUAGACUAUAAUCUCUAUCCAGAUAGAGAACUCCAGGGCCAGUGGCUGCGCUCUUACCUUGAAGCCUACAAGGAGUUCAAGGGCUUUGGCUGUGAAGUCACUGAAAAGGAAGUAGAGACACUCUUCAUUCAAGUCAAUCAGUUCGCAUUGGCUUCUCAUUUCUUUUGGGGACUGUGGGCUUUGAUACAAGCUAAGUACUCCACGAUUGAGUUCGAUUUCCUUGGGUAUGCUGUCAUUCGCUUUAACCAGUACUUUAAAAUGAAGCCCGAGGUCACAGCGCUGAAAAUGCCCGAGUAAAGACGAAGCCUCGCUGGUCUCCAGGAGCUGAGCGAUGCUUGUGGAUGUUUCUAAGAAAUUUCAAAAGCCAAUAUUUGUUAAAACUCAUUUAAUUUGGUUAUCUUGCUUUAUAAAUUAUGCCUCUAAACAGCCAAUCUAUUUUAAAUAGAAUGAUGUUGAGAAUAUGCUUACUGCUGUCAAUAUGUGGCGAGCUAGAGAUUGGUCCAUCAGCAGAGAGAGUAGAGUUGGCUUUAGCCUUUGGCAAUCCAGUCCAUGUUACAUGUGAAUUAUUUAUUACAGAUUUGACUUGACUGACUACUUUGAGUUUUCAUUUGUUGGUUCAGUGUAUGAAAUGAGAAUGUUGUAGAGAUCUUUAAAAAGUUUUGUUAAUAGGGGUAAUUUUAGAAAAACAUUCUUGUUCAGUGUAACCUUUGUAAAGUGAAUCAUUCACUCCCGAAAUGGCAGUCGCUGCCUCAGUAGUAACUUCCAGCUGCUCUAGAGACAGACAGGCCCGUUAAAGAGGGAGCAAGGUAGCCACUGCCUCUGGGGUGAACGCUUUGAAUUGGAGAUUGGAGAUCAUUUCUUUUUGGGGAAUACAACUUAAAUUUAAACUAUCUCUUUACAUAGCCUGACAAUAUAAGAUAUAUUUACUGUAUAAUCCUGGAAUAUAAGUAUAACAGUUUAAUGUUAAAAUCUGUAUUAAGUCAUGUUUUCAAAUACUAGAUAUACUCAUUUAAGGUAUUAGUCCCAGUUUUUAGAAUUUAUGUACCAAUUGUUUCUAACCAAAAAUUUUGUUUUAAUCGAGCUACUCUGUUUUGUUCAUUAAAAUAAUAGCUGGUAUUGUUAGUAUUUGAAACAAACAUACAGAGUUCAUCAUACCUGGAAGCAAGGAAUAUCAUUUAGAUGCUUUCUAUUCAGAUUCAUUCCUUUGGUUGGUUUUGUGUCUAUAGAGUCAGCAAAUGAUUCCUUAUACAUGUAAUUCCAGAGUAGUGUUAUUUAAAGCAGUUACAGAAUCAGUAAGGAGCAUUUAGGUAGGUCAUUGAGCUUGAAUACUUAGAUGUCUAACAAAUAAGGAAAUGUGAAUUAAACAGUGUCGUGGUAGGAGGACUUGUUUUGAUUUAUCUUGUUUUUGUUAGUCUAGUUUUAUUUUGUGUAGGUGUCAGGGAGGCAACUAUCACAUGGAAGGAAGCUAGGUCUUUGAGGUAGACAGGAAGGCUUUAAUCUUCGAAGGCUGUUCUGUGGGCGUGGACAGUCACAGCUAACUUAGAUUAGUCAGAUAGGCUUUGCACUUUGCUCACGUAAGUGCUUGUGUACCAAGUGGCUCCAUGGAUCUGCAUACGGAAAGUAUGCAAUACAGAUCUAUCCUAAGACAUUGUCUGGUGUUGUUCCACAUGGCUUGUGUUCUCAGACAAGUGCUUUAAAAUACUUGGGUUGUUUCAAGGUGUUCAAACCUAAUUAAUUAGAAACACAGGCCAUUUGAGAUGGUAAAUUUUAGCCGCAUAAAUAGACUCCUAAGUAUGUGUCUAUAACAGUGUUAGACCUGGAUUUGGUUUCUACCUCCCCAAUGCUGUAAUGUUCACUUUUGUUUUUAUGAACCACAUUGCAAUUCUACCGACUUCCUUGAAUGGAAACGAAUAAUGACUAACUCUUUACAAUGUUAAAGCAAACCUACAAAAACUGGCUUAGUGGAAUUUUCAUUCAUGGUUGGAACAUUGUCAUAGACGAUAAAGAUGUGAGCCUCCUGAUUCUUUGCUUUCUUCCUUACAAUCCAAGAGUCUGUUGUCAUGAGGCAACACAGGAGAAGACAGUGUUUGCUAGUCUGUUCCUGCUUUGAAUGGAGGCUCACUGUGCUGCUGCUGCUGGCGGACUGCACAGCAGCCAGCUGAGAUGUGGCUGCCACAGACACCUGUGGCACUGAAUGCAACGACAACCUGGCAUCUUGUGUACCCCGCCAGCACACAGGGAUCUUGGGAAAAGACUAGCACAUGUGAACAAACUCUUGCCCCCAUUCCUUGGCCAGAUUUGGGUGCUCUUAUGCGCCUGUUUCUCAAACAGCUUUUGGGGAUCAUGGUGUAGACUUAUCAACAGGAUUCAAAAUGUCUUUCCAUUGUAUUGACCAUGUAAGGGAUGCUAAGGAGGGUAUAUUGGGACAGCUCUGAAGAGCAUCCUUCUGGAAUGUGUCCUCUGGCUUGCUAGGAUGUCAGUUGCCUUCUUUCGUUAAGCUAAGGAACUUGAAUGCCUUACCUAAUCACUCAACUGGUAGUAAGCUCAUUUUGUAAAUAUGAAAGUGGAUGUUAGAAAUGGCAUUCAUGGAUGUUCAAUGUAAUCAAUAGACCGUAGUGGCCUGGAUGCUUUAAUAAGCAAAGUUUUACAUUUCUGCCCUCUACCCCAUCCUAUCUCCCUGGCACACUGUAUGAUCUUGAACCUGACCAAUGAUAUUUGAUUCCCCCCCCCCCCCAUUCUGUGCUGCCACCAUUUCUAGAAGUGAGAUGUGGUGGCCACGUCUUACUGUUGACAUGACCUGCCUGAGGUCAAAAUGAGCACAAACCUCAUCAACUAGGUCUGCUUGGAGUGUAAAUAGGACAAUGUAAAUAAGCAGCUGUAAUUAGUGUGAGUUGUGUCAUGCAGACAAGAAUGUGUAGUUUUGCAUUCUCCUUUGUAGAAGUUUUUCUGUCACUAAAUGAUCCAGCCUGUUGGUGUUUGGCUGGGAACAGUGCACACCUCUAGCUGUGCAGUGAGAUAGCAAGAACUGGAAGGAAGAUUUAUUGGGUUUGGUUUAUGUUGGUAUUUAUUUAUUUAGCCUCUCAGUGCCUAAUAAGACUCCCCCCCUUUUUAACUUGUCUAUUAAUUUUUUGUGGGUUAGAUUCUGGGAAGCAGUGAAUUUAUAGAGUUCAUUCUUUGAAUCACAAUUUGAAGGUAAAGGAAACUAAAAAUGUAAUUUGAUGUUUGUAAACUGAACUGUGGUCCCCUUUUGAUUUCAGAGUUUGUUGACAUUUUUUACAAAAACUUGAAAUUCAUUGUGAAUGUAAAUCCCAUCCAUGCAAGAUCUGGGGCAAACAGCAUCUUAGUUUGUCAGGUGGCUUCUCUAGAGUGGUUCAGUAUGGGAUUGUGAGAGAAAAGGUCUUCAAUGACAGAUAUUCUCCCCCUCAUGUUUAUUUUAACUUUAUGUGUUACUAAGUUUUGACUUAAAGGAAGAAUUCCCUAAACUAAAGAAAAGUUGGAAACUUUGAACAGCGCCCCCUUGCUUUCCAUGUUAGGCAGAAGUCCCUGUGCCUCUUGAUGAUUUCACUGGCUGACAUAUAACAGGCAAUAGUGUCACACGUUGCUUUUUCUUUUCUCUAACUUGCUUUUAAGCAUUUUCUACUGCAUUCCAGAGUACUGUAGACUUAAAUAUUUUCCUAUUAACCUACCACCUGUUGACAGAGUGGACAGUGCUUUGUCCUGGGGUUGUCUAGUGGCAGCAGCAUGUGCUACCUCACAGGGAAGGUGAGCGCAGGUGGAGAGCCUGGGUGACUGGCUUCAGCUGCCGGGGGUUUUCCUCUCUGUCACAAUGCAGGAUGGCCUAUACUGUGAAGCGGAGCUGCAUCUUCAGACCUGUUUCUGUUCUGAGAAGCAGGGUAGAGGGUGGUGAGCCACCUUUUUUCCCCACAGUGACAGCAGUGUUCAGUCUUGGGUUUGACAAAUGCUAUCAGCUGCUCCAGACAAAACAUCCCCAAUUUUGGAACUUCAGUCCAUAUUUUUGUAAAAGAAAAUACUGGAGGUUUUGCAUUACUUUGAAUUCUUGAAGGCUAAAUUCAGUGACACGUUACAAAAUGAGUUAGAUUUAUUUUAAUAGUUUUUGUGCUGAAGAAUUUAUUUUUGGCUUAAUUUGGUAUGGGAAGAAUCCCCAGAGUAUUUGGAUUAGGAACAUAAUGAUGCUUGACUCAUAAGCACUUUAAACUCCUUUGUUGGCAGCUUUUCCUCUCCUGGACUGUGCACUAUGGUACCACCAACAUACCUUUCUCCAUUGUGCAUUUUAUGGUUUAUGUACUUGCAAAAAUACUCUUUAAAAUAGUUUUAAUUUUAUCUUUCGGUUAUCUUACCCACUGUUGUAAUUUGGAUCUCAUUAAUACAUUUUAAUAAAACACUAGAUGCUUAUAGAACUGAAAACAUCCUAUUGUCUUUUGACUAGUUUGUGAAAGUGGAGCAGGAAAACCUAGCCAGUUGCGAUUACAGGCUUCCUAGCCAGAAACAGAGCUAGGUUGAAACCCAGUGAUACCCGCAGAGCUGUGGAGGGAACAGAUGCCUCUGCUCUCUAAGCCUGCACUGUGGCAUGCUGCUGUUUGUGUGUAGGUAGCGACAUACUGAGUGUUUGUUGUCAGUAAUCUGAAGGUCGUCCUCUGUAUUUACCUGUACUAAAGUAACUGUAAACUAAUGGAACCUGUCAAAACUUUUCUGUGUUUAGGAGCUUUUGUACAGCCAGGUCAACUGUCCUGAUUGAAGGAAGAAGACAUGGUAUUACCCAUAUGCAAGGGAAAAAGCUGGAAUGAGUGAUUGCGUUAGCUGUCUGUUGAAUUGGGGAGCUGUGGCAUGGGAUUUUAAAAUUGUUUCUCAAAUGUGAAUUGUAGUCUAAUGCUGCUUUGUAUAGACUGUAAGUGCUAUGGAUAGUCUCGGCACUGAACAUGGAUCGAUACCUCGCAGAUGAACACAGCCUUUGUCCUAGGUUUCCCUACUCCUCAGCAGUGUCUGAGUGCUGGAGAACUUGCUUAUCUGUUUGCUAGCAGAGAUACUUCCUGCUUUUUCCUUUGUUGUUACAUAUUUUUAUGUUUGAAAUUUAAUUUUUACUACUGUUAAUUUAAGUAAAAUUUGUUCCAUGGAUAAAGUGGCAUUGCCAGUGAGAAUGAGCAGCCUCACUCACGCAGCUGCUGAAGUGAAGUACAUUUGUGUUCUGUGUUCAUGAACUUGCAAUGAAGCCGUGGUUCUGUUAAGAUACAAGUGCGGCUUAGGCUUUAUUUCUGUUUAAUAAGGCUUUCUACCAUUGAUUAAAUGAAGGAAUGUAUCUUUUUGAAGAGAUUUAUAUUCUGUAAAUAAACAUUGGUUGUAACAAUAAAGUUGAGUUCUAACCAUAA